AUGACAACGGCUCCCACCACCUCUUCGGCGCCGGCAAUUACUGUCAGUGCUACGGCUCAAGAGGUCGACGCAGGCGGGUCUGCCAAUGUGUUGUUCAACAGAGAGGCAUAUCAGGCUUGCCUGAAAGUCGCAGAGGACCUGGUGAAAAGGCAUAUGGCUCAGUACGACCCUUCACACGACUGGGCACACGUCGAGCGAGUCCGCAAUACCGCCGUACGGAUCGCUGCUGGACUUCCUGGCGUCGAUAUGAAGGUAGUGGAGCUUGCUGCUUUGUUCCACGACGUGGCAGCCAAAUAUACCUCAUCCUCCACACUCAGAGACACCCUUGCUCCCUUUCUCAAUCACCCCCUCACAGCUGCCUCCCUCACCCACGCUCAAGUCUUCAACAUCCUCGAUAUCGUCCCCUGCGUCUCCUGGACGGCCGAAAAGACUCUCCGGGCCAAGAACGAGUGGACAGAACGCCAUGGCGCCUGGCUCGAGCUGCACGCUGUACAGGAUGCGGACAGGCUGGAUGCUAUAGGCGCAAUAGGGAUCAUGAGGUGCUCGGCUUUUGGGGCGGUCAAGGGGAGGCUUUUGGUGGAUGAUGGGGAAGGAGAGGGGUCAUCCGAGGCGCAUUUCGAGGAGAAGCUGUUCCUGAUCAAGGAUAGGAUGAAGACCGACUUCGGGAAGGCCGAAGCUGAGAGGCGGCAUUCGACUAUGAAAGCUUGGAUGGAGGCUCUGCAGGCAGAAAAACAGGUCUGCACGACGAUGGAGUAA